GACAUCUGGAGGUGCACCUUCAGCAAUUACGAUUUCAGAAGAGCUGCAAGAGGUAGAAGAGGAAGUAGAAGAUGGCGAUAUGCGUGUUGAGUUACCAGAUCCAGGUGCCGAGUCUCGAGCAUUUCUUGAGAGACAACGCCCAGGACAAAUACGAGAAACGGCGCAUCAGCCAGGAACAGAAACUCGUCGUGGACAAGAUCACGAGCCAGCCAGGGAAACUCAACAAGGGCAUCAGCCAGGAAGAGAUACUGCACAUGAUCAGCCAGUACGUAGAGGUACUCAACAACACCAACCAGGAAGAGGCACUACUGCUACAGUGUCACAAAGUUAUCCUGCUCGUACUGGUUUGACGCAAGCCGAAAAGAAGGUCAAGAGAGCUCGACGGCAUUUCUUAGCAGUGAGGGAAAUCUUUGUCCGCGUUUUGGGGUAUUACGCGCAAGUAGCUGGCGAGAAGUGGCAAAUCAUCUCGCAUAUGAAGGUGCCGACAAAAGACGACGUGAUGGAGAGAAAGAGAUCAUUAUGGCUGGUCGUGCAAGUUGUUAACUUAGUAGAGGACAAUCCAUGUAGUUUCCUAGUUGUAGGUUCAUUUUGAUGAUGUUGAAAUAGAGGUAGUUCUUGCAUUUCAUUUCGAGUAGCCACUCCCUGUUCUCGUUCCUGAGCAAAGACGCAGCAAGAUCGUUCAAACGAACCAAAGUCAAGAAUUAUUCUUAUUGGUAGCUGCUUUGCCUUUGCUAUUGAAUCCUAACGAUGUAGAAAAUCGAAACAAAAACAGAGGUAGUCAUAGUCGUUAAUAUAGUAGUGAUCUACUUACAACUCAGCAGCAUCCUCUAACUUCUUUGGCAGGCAGCUUCCAGUUAGCGGAUCUUGUCAAAAACACUGAUGAACACCUUGGUGUUACAGCAGUACAAGUUGCUCAAGAAGCGAGCAAUACACGACCUGUAGCGAGUGCACCUGGAGGAACUGGACCUAGUGAACCUGGAGGAACUGAACCUAGUGCACCUGGAGGAACUGAACCUGGUGAACCUGGAGAAAGUGAACCUGGUGCACCUGGACAAGAAAGUGAACCUUCCACACGAAAAACCCUUCAAGACAUGCUAAUUGUCAGACCGGAGUCGAUUUUCAAGCAUGACAAGAUUACGCUUCUCCCUGACAAUGAAGAGAC